CAGCAGAGCACUAGAACAGCAGGCCCACAUCAUUCUGGCUUUGGCAUUUGCUCUGAGUGAGCCAUGAAAGACAUGCCUGCUUCCCCUUCACCUUCCACCAUGAUUGUAAGUUUCCUGAGGCCCCCCAGCCAUGCUUCCUGUACAGCCUGCAGAACCGUCUGCUUGUAUGCAUCUCCUCAUUUCAAUGGCUACGUCACGAAUACCUGCAAGAAACUAUAAUACAUUAUGAGGAAUUGGCCAUGUGGCAGUUUUGUAGAAUUUUACAUCUACCGAUGGCAAGCUAACCCGGGAGAUAGUAUACUCCUGUACACUGCUGAUUCUGCUGGAAGGAUCACAGAUUUCCCUGCCAAAUGGACAAUCUCACAAAAGUGACAGAAUUCCUGCUGAUGGAGUUUUCUGGUAUCUGGGAGCUGCAGGUGCUGCACGCCGGGCUGUUUCUGCUGAUUUAUCUGGCAGCGCUGGUGGGGAACCUGCUCAUCAUUGCGGUCAUCACUCUCGAUCAGCAUCUUCACACACCCAUGUACUUCUUCCUGAAGAACCUCUCCGUUUUGGAUCUGUGCUACAUCUCAGUCACUGUGCCUAAAUCCGUCCAUAACUCCAUGACUCGCAGAAGCUCCAUCUCUUAUCUUGGCUGUGUGGCUCAAGUCUAUUUUUUCUUUGCCUUUGCAUCUGCUGAGCUGGCCUUCCUUACUGUCAUGUCUUAUGACCGCUAUGUUGCCAUUUGCCACCCCCUCCAAUACAGAGCCGUGAUGACAUCAGGAAGGUGCUAUCAGAUGGCAGUCACCACCUGGCUAAGCUGCUUUUCCUACGCAGCCGUCCACACUGGCAACAUGUUUCGGGAGCACGUUUGCAGAUCCAAUGUGAUCCACCAGUUCUUCUGUGACAUCCCUCAUGUGUUGGCCCUGGUUUCCUGUGAGGUUUUCUUUGUAGAGUUUUUGACCCUGGCCCUGAGCUCAUGCUUGGUUCUGGGAUGCUUUAUUCUCAUGAUGAUCUCCUAUUUCCAAAUCUUCUCAACCGUGCUCAGAAUCCCUUCAGGACAGAGUCGAGCAAAAGCCUUCUCCACCUGCUCCCCCCAGCUCAUUGUCAUCAUGCUCUUUCUUACCACAGGGCUCUUUGCUGCCUUAGGACCAAUUGCAAAAACUCUGUCCAUUCAGGAUUUAGUGAUUGCUCUGACAUACACAGUUUUGCCUCCCGUCCUCAAUCCCAUCAUAUAUAGUCUUAGGAAUAAGGAGAUUAAAACAGCCAUGUGGAGACUCUUUGUGAAGAUAUAUUUUCUGCAAAAGUAGAACGUCCUGGUCUUUACUAUAGAAGAUCUGCAACAAAACCCCAAAAAAGCAUAAAUACUUUAUGACAAAAAAAGAUGAAAAAAUUGUUGAUGAAAUGAUGAAAAAUCCUGAAAAAAAACCUGUUGAAUGGGAGAAAGACAAUAUUUGCACUACUAUAUGUAGAUAGAAAUGCAAAUGUUUCUUCAAAAACUAAAAGUAUAAAAGUAUAAAAGUACCUUCAUAAAAUAUUUCAAGGUUGUGUAACUGCAGCUUGUUGUGGUGAUUUAUUCCUUCCCGUUCCACACAUGUUCGAACUGCUUUAAUUACCUCAUCUUGAACCUGUAGCCUUGCACUCCUGUUAGUAUGAAGUUUUUGGAAGAGGACACACACAUACACACACACACACACACACACACACACAGUUUUAGUACCUGAUUUAGCCAGUCAACAAAAAAGAACAUAAAACAAGCAGGAGGGUUAUUAGAACAGGAACGUAUGUUUUAGAUUUUGCCAAAUAUUUUAAGGAUAUUUCUCUUUCACUUAGUUAUUUUUAGAAAUCUGUCAGGAAAUUAACACAAUUUCCAUCAAUGCAUCUACUGAGAUUGUCACUGAGUGCCUCAGUUUCUGCAUUUGUGUUAGUAUUCAAUGUGUUGAUAGAAACGGAGCUCUUUCCUGGGUCUUAGUGCCUCAGUUUCUACACCUGUGUUAAUAUUCAAUGUGUUAAUACAAACAGAGCUCUUUCCUGGGUCUGAGUUCUUGGUCACUGCUGGUGAUUAUCAUCAUCGCCAUUGUCAUUAUUUUGUCAGAACACCUGAGCGUGAGUCCCUUGGCACAUGGGCUGUCUGCCAUCCUCAGGUGCCUGGGCUCGUGAAAUGUACACUGGCUAUUCCUGAUUUUCACUUGAUGGGAUGGGAAGAGGAUUCGUGGAAACACUGAUAUUCUUAGUUGGUUCAUGAUAAGAGUCUUGAUGUGUGAACUGUCAUUAGCCCAUCGCAGUUGUGUGUGAGGCUGACCUCUCCAUUAGGCACUGGACUUUACAUCCCAAAUCUCACUUUUACUUUCCAGAGAGAUUGCAAACAAUUGGGAAAAUACAAUAAAACAUAAAAUUCUGUAAAUAUAAUUCUUCGAUAUGCUGCCAAAUAAAAAUUUGUAAAAUUAUUUUUUCUCAUUUUUAUUUAACUAUGCUUUUGUAGUUAUCAAUGUAAUAGAUGUUUAUUGCUUUAAAUGUCUUUCUUAAAAACUGUCCUGCUUUAAUUUUAUAAAACAAGGAAAAAAAGUUACUCAAAGUGCUACAACGCAGGAGAAAGAAUUCUUUGCUUAGACCUAUCUAUUUGCAACUAUUUUAUGUAAAAUUUUACUUGAGUGCUUAAUAUGUGUUUUUUUUCUGUUCUUGAAAGUACAUUUAAAACAUUAAAUAUUGUUUAUAAUUCUAAAUGAAUGUAAAUGUUUUAUUGCAUAAUAAAACCUUUGUUAUUAAGCUA